AUGUUGAGUGCAAGCAGUGCAGCCGCCGCUGCACUUCUUGAAGGCGGCAGAAAAUACGGCGCCAAUUUUCUCUCGUUUGUCAACGAGACAGGCUCACCCUAUCACUCAGUUCUCGCAGUUCAACGAAGGCUACUAGCCAGCGGCUUUUCUCAGCUGGAUGAAAGAGAGAAGUGGGAUCUGCGCCUCGGAGGAAAGUACUUUGUGACCCGCAAUCAGUCGUGCAUCGCCGCGUUCGUCAUCGGCGAAAAGUUCAAAGCCACCAGCGGAGGUUUCACAAUCGUUGCGGCCCACACAGACUCUCCCUGUCUGCGUCUCCGUCCUAACAGCAACGUGAAGAAGGAAGGCAUUCAACAGGUCGGAGUCGAGUGCUACGGAGGCGGGCUGUGGCACACGUGGUUUGACCGAGGUUUAGGCGUCGCCGGGAAGGUUGUAGUGAAGGCAAAAGACGGGUCGGCGUUGACCGAGAAACUCAUUCGCAUAGAUCGUCCGAUCCUCGUCCUGCCGAAUCUCGCCAUUCACCUGCAGUCUGCAGAAGAAAUUUCAGCCUUCAAAAUCAACAAGGAAAUCCACCUGCAACCCGUCCUUUGCACGGAGGUGUACAGACAGCUGCUGGCGGCGAACGAGAAGGACGCAACAGGGGACGAGAAAAGGACCGACGAGGCAAACAGCGAAGCCGAAGUAAAAAACGCUUGCCCUCUCCUGAACAAGCGGAAGGACGAGCGCGCCGCUCCUCCGCUUCUCACUCUCAUCGCAAAGGAGUUGGAAGUCGAGAUCCAAGAUAUCGUCGAGUGGGAUCUGUGUCUCAUGGACGCCACACCUGGCAGGUUUUGCGGUGUCCACGAAGAGUUCGUUGAAUCCCCGCGCUUAGACAACUUGGGAUCGACAUGGGCUGCGUUCUCUGCCUUGCUGGAGUGCGGCAGUCCCCACCCUGAAGAGAUUUCGAUGGCGGUUGGCUUCGAUCACGAAGAAAUCGGCAGUGAAAGCUACACAGGCGCGGGAUCCAGCGUCUUGAUGGUGUGGAUGGAGCGCAUCGCACAGGCUCUUUCCGUCGGGGACACAUAUCCUCAAAUCCUUUCCCGCUCGUUCCUCGUCAGCUCCGAUAUGGCGCAUGGCGUCCAUCCGAAUUAUGCUGAUCGCCACCAGGGCCAAAACAAACCCCUGAUGCAGCAAGGCGUCGUCAUCAAAGAAAAUGCCAACCAAAGAUACGCGACGAAUGCGGCGUCGAUGGCUCUCACGCGCGCAGUUGCUGAGAGAGGCCAGGUGCCCAUGCAGCUGUUCACAGUCAAGAACGACUCGAGAUGCGGCAGCACUGUGGGCCCGAUUCUCAGCGCGCGCCUCGGUGUCCGGACAAUCGACAUCGGCAUUCCCCAGUGGGCGAUGCACUCUUGCAGAGAAACGUGCGGCAUUCUGGACCUCUUCGCACUUCAGUUGCUUCUUAAGGAAUUCUUCGCGUCGUUCCGCUCGAUUGACACCAACUACGAGAGCAUCUAA